UUAUUAUAUAAAAUCCAAACAAAAAUCCUCCAACUUUUCCCAUUCAAGCAAAUUCAUCCCCCACCAAAUUAAUUAUCCUUUUCCAUCCCCAAUUCAUGUCUGAGAUCAAGCAUUUUUGUAUGGUGAUGAAAAUCAAUGUUGACUGCAAUGCUUGUUGUAGGAAGCUUAGGAGGAUUGUGUUAAAAAUGAAAGCAAUCGAGACGUAUAUGAUAGAGAGGGAGCGACACAGGUUGAUCGUGUUUGGCAGAUUCAAGCCAUCCGACAUUGCCAUUAAGAUCCGAAAGAAAAUGAAUCGUAGAGUCGAAAUCCUGGAUGUCGAAGAAAUGGAGCCCUUACCUGCCACCGAUCAAAACCCACCGCCACCGGAGAACAUUCAAGGUCCUGGUCCUGGUCCUGGCCCCAACGCAGAUCAACAUCACAUACCCAUGUUUCCUUCAUUGGAGCAAGCUGAUCAUGGGAGGCCGCCCAUGUUUCCAUCUCUCGCCGCCAACCAAUGCCGUUCCUAUCCAUCUUGUCGCCCGGAUUUCGGCGUAACUUGCUUCCCGGAGCCUGACAUGGAAGAGCGCUUCUGGGAGUAUGGGUAUGACUACGAAGUUGUUGGAGAUAGAGAAGAACGACCUACCAUCUCUCUUCACAAUUACUACCACUACUAGUUUUUCUUUUUUCCUUUUAAAAUUAAAGAGUUCUAUUGAUUGAUUAGAGUGUUUAAUUAAUUUGUUACUUUUUUAAUUAUCAUUUUACUUACGAAAUUAUAUUUCUUUUAAACGUUUUUUGAAAACUAAGUUUCUGGUUUUUUUUUUUUUUUUUUUUUUUUAAAUAAAAAAAUUGUUAAAUUUGAAUGAU